AUGGAAUUGGCCAGGACGGGUUCUAUGCGGAAUAUGUGGCUAUCGAUGUGCGAGCUGCUAUUCCUUUACCAGAUGGUGAUCGAGCCUUUCAUCCAAAAUGCCGUCCCAUCCGCUGUUGCAGCCGUUGCUACAGACGCGGUCACCACGGCAUACCAUGGUAUCGUACGGCGAGCUGAAGUUAGAAAAUCGGAGACGGUGUUCUUGUUCGGUCUCGGUGGACUAGGAUUUAAUGCCUUACAGAUUGUUAAGGCAAUAGGUGCGAGGGUUAUUGUGUCUGAUAUCCGAGCAGAGAAGCUUGAAGCUGCUGCGGAGCUUGGGGUUUCAGCAGAGGAUACCGUCCCAGUGGGAACACGCAUCCAGGAUUUCGUGACGCACAAUAACCUGCAGGGAACAAUAGAUACAGUAUUGGAUUUUGUUGGCUCGAAUCAAACGUUUCGAGAUGCACAGAAUAUUGUAAGGCCUGGUGGAAAGAUCCUGUGCAUAGGGACUGGCGAUCGUCAAAACCAACUUGAGAUGAAGGUUGGGAUUAGGAAGCGGUUGAGCAUCAUUUUUUCCUACGGUGGGCAUUAUCGAGAUUUGGUUGAGGUUCUGGACCUGAUCGCCAAGGGAGUUAUCCGACCUCAGGUCGAGACGAAAGGAUUGAGGGAUUUACCAGGCGUAUUGGAAGAUUUGGGAAGAGGCAAGAUCAGAGAUCGAGUGGCCUUGAUCAAUGUGUAAUUAUCCGACCAGUUGCUUCAUAGUAUUCAAACAAGGUGUACAUGUCCUCUUACCCCUACAUUCCUCGGUAGAGCCGAUUCUG